AUGCUGUUCAACCACCAAGAAGUGCUCGUAUCACGAACAUCCAGAUUUAUAGGCAGUUUAACGAUCAAGCGAUGUCUCUCGAAAAAUGCCAACUACAUCACCACCCCGAUCUUUUAUGUGAACGCAAAACCUCAUUUAGGGCAUUUUUACUCGAUGACACUUGCGGAUGUGCAGAAUAGAUGGAUGAAAUUCAAUAACAGGGAGACUUUUUUCACUACCGGCACUGAUGAGCAUGGUUUGAAGGUUCAGCUGGCUGCACAGAAGGCAGGACUACCACCAAAGCAAUUUUGCGAUGGUUUGUCCCAAAAGUUUAAAGACUUGGCACGGAUUGGUGAGAUCGAAUAUGAUAGAUUUAUUCGGACGACAGAUCCAGACCACAUUAAGGCAGUCACGAGUUUUUGGAAUGUGGUGCAGAAGACAGGAUGUAUAUAUGAAGGCCAGCAUAGUGGAUGGUAUUCGAUCUCGGACGAGGCCUUUUAUACUGACACUGAUAUAGAGGAGGCUGUAGAUGGGAAAACUGGCAAGAAGAUGAUGGUUUCAAAAGAGACGGGGUCGGAAGUGAUCUUCCAAAGUGAGGAUAACUACUUUUUCAGGAUCAGCGAGUUCCAAGACUCUUUAAUUAAGUUCUAUAACAGUCAUCCGGACUUUGUGCAACCGCAAAAAUACUAUGACCAGGUGAUGCACGAGCUCACGUCGGAAAAACUGCCUGAUUUGAGCAUAUCAAGACCUUCAUCUCGUCUAGAAUGGGGAAUCAAAGUGCCAAAUAACGACGAUCAAAAGAUGUACGUGUGGUUUGAUGCGCUUGUCAACUAUAUCACCUCACUCGGAUACCCAGAAGUUACCGACAACCUUACACCCGCCUCGCAUUUGGUCGGUAAAGACAUCACGAGAUUCCAUUGCAUCUAUUGGCCCAUCUUUCUUAUGGCCGCAAAGUUGCCAAUGCCAAAAAGAAUUGUGGUCCAUGGCCAUUGGCUCAUGGAUGGCCGAAAAAUGAGUAAAAGCAGGGGAAAUGUGGCUGAUCCGGUCGAUAUUUCGGCAUAUUACGACGCUGAUGCCCUACGUUUAUUCAUGAUGAGAAAUGCGACACUCACCUCUGAUUGUGACUACUCGGAGGUUAAAGUUUUUGAUACUAGAAACGAGUUUAUCGACAAGUUCUGCAACAUGGUCAUGAGAGGUCUUUCGAAGUCCUUUAACUACGAAAACUCGCUCUCUCUCAUUAAGAAGUCGUCUCUCAAGGGUAUAUCGGAGCAUAUGGAGCCAGACAAAUCUUUAGAGAAGGAUGUGACUGAUUUAUUUGAUACAGUAAACGGGCUUCCCUCGAGUAUUGAUGCAGAUGUGUCUAAUUUCAUUAUGCCGCCUGCACUGGAGCAGAUCUGGGAUAUCUCACGGAGAGCAAACAUGCUAUUUGAGAAGUAUAAGCCCUGGGAGUUGAAGGAGAAAGUUACAAACUCAGAUGCCGUGAACAGUGCCAAUUUAAAUAGAAGGACACUAAUUGUUUUUGCUGCUGUUGACUCCAUGAGAUGCGUGUUUAUAUUAUUGCAGUGUUUUGCUCCACUGUAUGCCAAGAAGCUCUUGGAUACUUUGCAUGUUUCCAAGGAUAGAAGAAGUUUGAAAUAUGCGAGAAUUGGUGCAGACCUCGACUACGCGAAGGAUGUGAAGAUAAAGAAGCAUGGGUCUGUUCCGAUUGUGAAGGUAGACUUGAGGAAAUGA